AUGGAUUUCAUCGGUCUUCGCAUGACGGUGGUGCUCAAGCAGCCGUCUGGUUGUACUCUGGAUGGCAUCGUCUGCUCGAUUAUGCCAGGACAACUUCUGUCCUUAGAGCAUGUCCACAUUUACAAUACCGGUGAAUACCUGCCUCGAGUCGAUCUGGACCCCGACAAUAUCUUGGACAUUCGCGAGCGGCACACCACUCCUCCUGCGCCGUCUGUCUUUGCAUCUUCUGCUCCUGCCCCCGUUCCUGCUGCUGCCACCGCCCCUGCGCCUGCGCCUGCUCCUGCUACACCUGCCGCAAAUGUUACAUUCCAAGAUCCGGCUAUUCUAAGCAUGGGCCGACCACCCCAGGGCCGUAAGGAUGCCAACAUUGGGGAAAAGCGUGACCCUCUUCCAAAGAAUGCAGCUGCUCACUCGGCAGCCCUUGGUCAAGGAGCUAGUCCUAUCGACCCUCUCACGAGAGAUGUUGGAGGUCUCACGAUAGGUGCUUCUGAUCCCGCUACCCUGGACACGACAGAAGAUGAGUUUGGAGGGGUUGCGACACCGACAGCACCUGUCCAUCCCGACUCGGUCAAAGCCAGCAAACGUCCUCGUCAGCGACAGCGCAAGAGCGCAAAGAACACACGCAGAGGAGACGACGAAACACCGCUCUCCGCUGGUAAGCCUACAGUACAAGGUGACGGAUGGCGACAGACGCCUAUUCUUGAGUCGACCAAGUCGUUUCAGCCGUUUGCAUCCCUCAAGAAGAAGGGUCGAAUUGCUGCCAGUGCCGAGAAUGGUUGGAUGUCGGAAGAUGUCACGGACGUCCAAGAGGCUGGAGAAUUUGACUUCACGGAAAGCUUGGCCAAGUUUGACAAGAAGACCAUCUUUGAGGAAAUGCGGCAACAGGAUCAGAUUGAUGAUGCAGACAGACUGGUGUCCCACAACCGCCUUCCCAAGCCGAAGCCAGGAACUGCAGGUGGCAAGAACUUGCAUUACACGGAGAAUGUACUUGACAUGCCCUCUUCGGCAGGAGCCACAAAGCUGAAAGAGACUCCCGAUGACUUCUGGAAAAGCGAGGCAGACGAUGCAACGAUUAAUGGAGCGGAUCGCUUGAGCGGCAGAGAAGGAAGUGGCAGAAAUUCUCGCCUACGAGGCGACUCUCGAUUGUCCACAAGUCGACGCUCACAGUCGAGGAAAGCGAGCACCACCACGCAAAUCACUGCUGGUGUGCCCGGUCGGAUCAACUCGGCUACAAGAAUUGGUGAUCAACACCCGCCUACGCCCACCAACAAGCGUCAUCCCCAUGCGGCGCCGGUGGGAGUCCAGGGCUUCUACUCUGUAACUACAAACCGCCGCAUUGAAACCGUAACGCACCUGCAGAUGCUCAACAUUGAGAAUAUAUCACACAACGAGUUGGGCUUCAGCGAAGAUCUCAUGUCGGAGAAUGCUGGCCGGAGUAUAUCCGAGGUUGCGCUUGGUGCGCUCUCGGAUCCAGCUAUUCAGUUGCGUAUCGCAGCUGCUUCGCCCCCAAUCUCUCCAACCAUUGUCAUUCUAGCUGGAAAUAACAAAUCCGGCGCAAGAGCGAUUGCAUCUGGCCGCCAUCUCCGAAACCACGGUGUCAAUGUCCUGGUCUGUGUCGUCGGUAUCGAGCGAGAGAAGGACCUGGUUGACGAGAUUCGUCGACAAAUCAGGUUAUUUCGGGGCUUCGGUGGCGCAGUUUGCACAAAGGCACAGCUUUUUGAGAACCUGAACAAGAGUGCAAAAUCGCUGAAUGCUUCAUCACAGGCCUCGGUCACUUUGAUAAUCGAUGCCCUGCUGGGUCUCUCUAUAUCGUUUGAGGAACUUCGCAAGAGCGACCAGGCAACAACGUAUGAGCUAAUGGAAUGGGCGAAUCGAAACGAGGCUUUUGUUCUCGCGGUUGAUAUUCCCAGUGGCAUUGAUCCCACCAAUGGCAAGGUCAACAUCAUUGAUGGGGCCAAGCUAUAUGUCCAGCCCCGUUAUGUCAUAGCUCUCGGCGCACCGAAGCAAGGUCUGUUGAAAGCAGUUGAGCAUGGAGACGAGCAAGCGGACGACAUCACAGUGGACGAGUGGAAGAUUUUCCUUGCCGACAUUGGUCUUAGUACAGCCAUAUGGCGAAAGGCUGCGACAAAGCUUCGACGAGGAAUCGACUUUGAUGACAAAUGGGUUUUGGAGCUGAGAUACCAGCGCUCGCAGGCGGAUGACGAACUCGACUAG